AUGUCCCAAAUUCAAUCUGGUCCAUCAACUCACAGCAAUCUUCAUCCCGCAUUCAUGACACCACAAAAGCUUCUCCCAGUAGAAAAAUGCUCUCUGGGAUGCCCCAUCCUAGACUGCUGUAUAGGCGGAGGCAUCCCUUGCAACUCCAUAACUGAAAUCGUCGCCGAAAGUGGUUCAGGCAAGACCCAACUUUGCCUACAACUCUCCCUCCGAGCCCAACUCCCACCCUUCCUUGGCGGCCUCUCUGCUUCCUCACUUUACCUCUACACUGAAUUCCCUUUCCCCACUCGCCGCCUUCACCAACUCUCCAGUGCUCUUCAAUCUCAAUACCCACAAAUAUUCGUCGACGAUUAUAAUCCUUGCGAUAGUGUAUUUCUGCAAAGUGUAAACAACGCAGACCAACUGCUUGAUAUAAUGCCGCAAAUAGAAUCAUUUCUUGAAAACUCAAAACCUCGGUUGCCUGUUAGGGUGAUUGUGAUCGAUUCUAUUGCUGCAUUGUUUAGGUCUGAGUUUGAGAAUACAGCGAGUGAUCUUAUAAGGAGGUCAUCGUUGUUUUUUAAGAUAUCCGGGAAGUUAAAGGAGUUAGCAAAGAGGUUUAAUUUGGCAGUGCUGGUGAUUAAUCAAGUGAUGGAUUUUGUGGAGUCUGGAUGUGGAGUAAAUGAGGUGAGGAUUGGGAAUUUGGGUAGUUUUUAUUCGUCUGGACGGAGGGUUUGUCCAGCAUUGGGAUUGUCAUGGGCUAAUUGUGUUAAUUCGAGGUUGUUCUUGUCCAAAGAUGAAUAUGAGAGUGGUUUGGUGGGUGGUGGUGAGAGUGGUUCUGUGUCUAGGGAAACUAGGAGACGGCUUCAUGUUGUUUUUGCGCCACAUUUGCCUGGUUUGUCUUGUGAGUUUGUGAUUAGGAGAGAAGGGGUUCUUGGAGUUAACAGAUAA